AUGUUGUUCUCAAAAGCCUUACUCGCCACCAUGGCAACUGCAUUCUUGACCAGUGUCAAAGCAGAAGACGAAAUCGACACCACGAUAGUCCUGACCAUAACGAUAACAGUGACACUCUACACCCCUGAAGAAUCAGCCAGUAUUGAAGCAGCAAGAAUCCAAAGCGAAGCCGACGCGGCUGCAUCGCUCGCUGCGAAGCAAGCGCUAGUCGAAGAAUACUACGCCACGUUGGACUCGAGCGACAAGCAACAGCAAACGCAGGAACCCAACAACCGAAAUGUCUACCUCAACGCUACCAGCGGCUUUGCAUCCGUCACCGAGACGGAGACGUUGGCGCUUGACUCCUACAUUACUGAGGAUAGCGAGACUUUGAAUGUCACCGACUCAGUCACGAGCACUAGUGUUGUUGUUAUCGCGGCUACGCAGGGAUCGUCGGAAGAUGCCGCUGCUGGCGUCGCGGCAUACUACCCUGGUGUCUUUGCUGCUGGUGCCGUUGCCCUCGCUGCUGCGUUCUUGUAA